AUGGAUUGGAUUGGUAAAGUAGAAAAUCAAAUGAAACAAAACAAACCAAACUCUGAAGAAAUCCCAACAAUCUUAGACCCAAAAACACGUUUACAAGAAGGAAGAUGUGAAGUAGGAAACCCCCAAAGAUUAAAAUCAUACAAAAUCUAUUACAAACUUCAAGGAACCUCAUCAAUCCAAGCCAAAAACAAAAUGAUUUUUCUAAUGGGUUUAAAUAAUACAUUUUUUUCUUGGUCUAAACAAGUUGAACAUUUUGGAAAAUUAGAUGAUCAUGUGGUUUUAGUGUUUGAUAAUCGAGGUGUUGGAAAUAGCAAUUUUGGACCUGAAAGAUUUUUUAAAACUUCUGGAAUGACUAAAGAUGUGAUUGAUUUAUUAGAUUUUAUUGGAUGGAAUCAGUCUAGAUCGAUUGAUGUAAUAGGAGUUUUGAUGGGAGGUAUGAUUGCACAAGAAUUAUGUUUACUGAUUCCUCAAAGAAUUGUUUCAGUGGUCUUUACAAGUACUCAAGCAGGUGAAUCAACUAGAUUACCACCUUUAAGUACAACCUUUGGAAUCCUACAAAUGUUACUCAGUGGAGGUACACCAGAAGACCGAAUUGCCAGGCUAGUGACCAAACGUUUCCCAGCGGUUUGGCUCAAUUCAACUGCUUCACAUGGAAGUGGAAAAACAAAUCGAGAAAUCAAACAAGAAGAUUCUUGGUUGACUUGCAAAAUUCUGGCACCGGGUAAAUUGGUUGUCUUAUCUGGUGCAUUAGACCAGGUUAUAGAUGAUGGAGGUCAUGCUCUUUGUUCACAAGUUCCUGAACGCCAUGAUGCUUUGUUUGAAUGUGUGAUGCGUGAAGGAUUUGAAGCCGUUUCAUCAUCCUCAUAA